AUGUCUAUUAACUCUUUUAUUCUACCAACAAACAAAGAAAAAUCGAUGACGUCUGCAUCGGAUAACAUUGAGAAUAUUAAUGUGGAUUCUACACAAUCAAAAAAUGAUAUGACCAAGGUUGAUCAAAAAUUAAAUGAUCAAUCCGAUUAUGUGCUUGGUCAUGAUCCACAUGAUCAGCAUUUAAUUCAAAUCGAUAAACAAAAUUCUUUACUUUUUCAAUCAGAAUACCGUUCAUUACCGAAAUUUGAUGGUGCUGGAAAUGCGGAACAUUGGUUAAAAAACAUUAUUGACAGAUUCGAUUCAUUACAAAUUACAUCUAUUGAACGAUAUGAAUUAAUUCCUAAUGUAUUGAUUGGUGAUGCACUUAUUUGGUAUGCAAAACAACAAGAUCAUAUGCCAACAUUUAUUUCAUUUAUAAAAAAAUUUCUGCAAUAUUACGGUCAUCAAGACAUAAAUGAAAAAUUAUCAACAACAUUUAUUUCAUCUUCUACGCAAAUGCAACAACUCCAAUCUACUGAUUCUAAAGAAAUUGUUUUGGAUUCUCUUCGAAAUCAAAUGUUAAUCAAUAGUCUUGAAAAAUUACCGAAAUUCACAGGUAAAUCAAAACAAAAUGUAUCUAAAUGGUUACGAGAAAUUCAGCAAUCACUGCAUAUGUUCAAAUUAUCAGAUGAAGAAAAAUUAUUUUUUAUACCUUCAUGUUUAGAAGCUGAUGCCAAAGAUUGGUUUUACGAUAAUAUGCAUUUAUUUUCAACAUGGACUAUAUUUAUACAAAAAUUACUCAAAACUUUUGAAUCAUCUGGGAAAGCUGAUAUUUCAUUUAAUCGAUUGCGUCAUUAUGAACAAGGUAUUAACCAAGAUGUUCGUCAGUAUUAUUUCGAAAUUAUGAAACUAUGUAAGGAAGCCAAUCCAUUUAUGGACGAUGCUAGUAAAUUACAGUAUUUGAAAGAUGGUUUAAAACCAACAUUACGUUUUGAUAUCUUAUUAAAAAAUCCAACAAGUCCUGAAGAAUUUUUGGAAUAUGCCCAAAAAAUUGCUGAACUUAAAUCAUUAGAUGAACAACAAGACGUUAUAUAUUGUUCAACCGAAGAGAGUUUAACAACAUCACCAUCUGUUUCUUUACCGCAUCGAAAUAAUAAAUCACGAUUAAAUAAUCAACAUUUUCCAAUGUCACAAAGAAAUUCAAAUAAAGUGUAUGAUAAAAAUAAUUAUGUUAACAAUAGAUCGUUUCAAUCAACUACAACAAAUGCAACAACAUCGGAUCAAUAUCGUUCAAAUAAUAUACCAAAACCACCAUAUCAAUGUUAUAAAUGUGGUGGUGUUGAUCAUUAUAUUUAUGAUUGUCCACAUUUUUGUCAAGGGACUAAAGUUAAUCAAAUACCAAUGAAAAUAAUGUUCGAUUCAGGAUCAACAACAUCUUUUAUCAAUAAAGCAGUCUUGAUUCGUACAAGACAUUUACCUAUAAACUAUAAUAAACAUUAUUAUUUAAUGGCAGAUGGUCAUACAACAUUUGAAGUUAUGGGUACAGUCAGAAUUUUUAUUGAAUUAAAUCAUAUAAAAACAAAUCAAAUAGUUGGUGUUGUUGAUUCUUUAUGCACAGAUUGUAUACUAGGUAUGGAUUAUAUUAACAAAUAUAAGGUUAAUCUUAAUAAUAAACAAAAACAAGUUCAAGUUCAUACAACUUUCCACACAAUUCGAAUACCAAUGGAAAAUCAAUCAACAAAAUUUCGAACUAUUUCUCGUUUAUUAAAAUCUGAAUAUUUAUAUCCAUAUCAAGAAAAGCGCUUGCAAAUUAUUUCACAAGUGUCUUCAGGAAAAUUAUCAUUUUCUCCUGCUUAUCAUGUUACUAAAUCACGAGGUUUAAUUAUAUCAGAUUCAUUAAUUUAUAUGAAAAAUCAUACAGCUUGGAUCUCUGUUUAUAAUUCAACAGCAAAGCCUUGUUAUUUAAAUAAAAAUAUUAUCAUAGGUAUUGUUACACCUUUGACAUUUAGAAAUAUUUCUACUCUUUUAGAUCAAAAUACAAAAGACAAAUUUAAUGACAAUAAAUUAACAUCUUCAAUAUCAACAAGUGAACAACAUAUUACAUCUUUACUUAAUCAUAUAUAUGAUCUCCCACAAAUUAAUGAAUUACAAACUAUUUUAAAAAAGCAUAUUUCUUUAUUCGAUACAUCACAAACAACCAUCGCACAAACAUCAAUACCUCAUGUUAUUUGUACUGGUGAUAAUCCAUCGAUUUCUUCAAAACCGUAUCCUCAAACUGUUGAAAAACAAAAUGCUACAUUUGAAAUUAUUCAACAGAUGUUACGAAACAAACAGAUACGAGCCUCAAAUUCUCAAUAUUCAUCACCAAUAUUAUUGAUAAAAAAACGUGAUGGUUCUUAUCGUUUUGUUGUGGAUUAUCGGAAAUUAAAUCAAAUUACAAUUCAAGAUAAAUUCCCAUUACCUAAUCUUGAACAAACAAUUCAAAUGGUGGGAGGUCAUGAAUAUUAUUCCAAAUUGGAUCUUCGUUCAGGUUAUUUUCAAAUCCCUAUUCGUGAAGCGGACAAACAUAAAACUGCAUUUAUUACUGUCCAUGGAUUAUACGAAUUCAAUGUUUUAGCUCAAGGAUUAAAAAAUAGUCCUCCGUCAUUUCAACGUAUUAUGUCAAAUUUAUUAUUGCCCUGUAAAACAUUUAGCUUAGUAUAUCUUGAUGAUAUAUUAAUUUAUUCUGAUUCAUUUCAACAGCAUCUUGAUCAUUUAAAUCAAGUUUUAACAAUCCUCAAUAAACAUAAAUUUCAACUUAAUCCACAAAAGUGUGAAUUAGUUCGUACAACCAUUGACUAUUUAGGUCAUACAAUUAGUAAUCAAGGUAUUAAACCACUUCAAGAACGCAUUCAAAAAAUUCUGGACAUUCCACAACCUGUCUCCUUAAAUCAAGCAAAUGCUUUUAUUGGUGCUAUUGGAUGGUAUCGUAAAUUUAUUAAAGAUUAUACAAAAAUUGCUGCGCCAAUAUUGGCAGUUACUAAUCUAAUGAAGAAACAUAAAUUUAAAUUUAAAUGGGAUUCUUCACAACGUGAAGCUUUUGAUAAAUUAAAAAUGGCUAUUACCUCCGAACCAUUAUUUUUAAAUUAUCCCGAUGCUCAUGCACCUUUAAUUUUGGCAACUGAUGCGUCAGAUUAUUGUGUUGGUGGUGUUUUAUAUCAAGAAAUAAAUGGUGAACGUAAAAAUAUUUAUUUUUACUCACAAAUGUUACCGAAAUUACAACGUAAAUGGUCGACAAUUGAAAAAGAAGCGUUGGGUAUUUAUUAUUGUGUUAUACGUAUGAAAUUAUAUUUAUUAGGUCAUGAAUUCAUUAUCCAAACGGAUCAUUGUCCAUUACGUGAUAUGCAUAACAAAUCAUCGAACAAUCGUCGAGUUGAUCGUAUAUCAUUAGUGUUACAACAAUUUAAUAUUAAAGAAAUUCGCCAUAUUGCUGGUAAAUGUAAUUGCAUGGCUGAUUAUUUAACUAGGUAUCCUCAUCAAAUUGAAGAAGAUGAUGAAUUCUUAGAUUCAGCAUUUGGACACAUUCCCAAUAUUUAUUCUCAAUCUGUUGAUGAAAAAUUAAAAGAUAAAUUACCAACUAAAUUGCCUAUUAUUAGUGCUGUUACGACCAGAGCUCAAGCUAAAGCACAAGUUAAACCAAUACAUUCAAAUGAACAACAAAUGUUAUCUGAUAAUUUAUCAGUAUCCGAUGAUCAACCUCAAGAAGGGGAAGGUCAUGCAUUUGAUAUUUCACUUAUUGGGGAAGCUCAAAAACAAGAUAAAUUAUAUCAAGAAAAAAUUUUAGAGAUUAAUAAAAAUAAACCAAACUGCUCUUAUGUGUUAGAAAAUGAUAUCUUAUAUAAAUUAAUGAAGCGUGGAGCAAUUAAUAAAAAAUUAAUUUAUGUACCAUCUUCAAUGUUAAAGCAAUUAUUAGCAGUUUAUCAUGAUGCCCCAUGGUCUGCUCAUUUUGGUUUUCGAAGAACUUAUUUUAAAGUGAAGGAUAAUUAUUGGUGGCCAGAUAUGAAAACCAGUAUUCGAAAUUACAUUCAAAGUUGUUUAAAAUGUCAAAAAUUUAAUAUCGCUCGAAAUAAAUUACCAGGUUUAUUACAUCCUAUUGAACCACCAAGUGGUCCUUUUCAAUUAAUUGGAAUCGAUUAUUCCGGUCCAUUCCCUAUUACUUCUCAAGGUAAUAAAUAUGUUUUAGCAAUUACAGAUUAUUUUACCAAAUGGGUUAUUGCAAUUCCCUUAUCCGAACAAACUGCAAAAACAACGGCUGAAGCUUUAUAUGAACACUAUAUAACCAUUUAUGGUAUUCCAUCUAGAAUAUUGUCUGAUCAAGGAUCGCAUUUCAAUAAUCAGCUAAUUGCAGCAUUUACGGCAAUCCUUGGAUGUCAUCAUAUUAAAUCAACGACUUAUCAUCCCCAAACAAAUGGUGCAAUAGAAAGAUUUAAUUCAACAUUUGAACGACAAUUAGCAAAAUUAACUAAUAACUGUAUUAGUGAUUGGGAUGAACAUUUAAAAUCCAUUGUAUUUGCUUAUAAUACAGGACAACAUGUAACAACAAAAUUUACGCCUUAUGAAUUACAAUUUGGAAGACAACCACACUUGCCACCAGAAAAACCAUUAACAAAUUAUAAAUUUUCGAAACCAAAUGAUUAUUUAUUUCAUCUUCGCAAAACAUUAAAUAUCUAUCGACAACAUGCAAUAAAUAAUAUUGUUAACAAUCAAAAAAAUUAUAAACAAUUUUAUGAUUAUAAUCGUCCAGAAAAACAUUACUCCAUUGGUGACCAGGUGCUUAAACGAAUUCCAAUUCCACCUUCUAAAUUAGGUGAACUUUAUUCAAAUCCAAUGAUUGUAAUAAAAGAGGAACAUCCAACAUAUUGGAUUAAAGAUCCUGAUAUUGAAAAAACGUAUCAAGUACAUAUUUCACAAUUACGUAUGUUUAACUUUAAUCGUUCAUCAUUCUAA